GAGAGAAGGAGAGACGGAGCCUGGGACUGUACGUAGACCUGCAUCCAGACACUCAGCAUGUUAAAGAAAAAGGAAAGCAGUCUGACGAAGAUCAGCCCGGUGCAGGUUGGUGAACUGUCAACACUGGUUACACGUGUGCAGAAGAAUGCAGACCAGGUGGAGAAGAAUAUAUUGCGUGCUGAAGAUCUGCUGGAUGAGGACUCCAAGGAUGGUAGGCAGGGUUUGUCCCUGACUCGACGGAUUGAGACAGCAGAUAAUCUGUCUGAGGCAGAGACUCUGCUGAAGGACCUUUUUCUGGAUGUGGACAAAAUCAAGAAGCUUCAGCAUCCACAAGCUGGGGAGAUCGAACUGGAUGUGAGUAACCUGCAUGAUCGCUGGUCUAAGGAUUGUGUUAAAUAUCGGGACCUCUAUAAGCAGAGUCUGGGGCUGGAUCUCUCACCCAAAAUAGGCUGGGCCCAUGUGCUCACUGACAAACUGAGGCUGAUACGGGGGGAGGAAUAUGGACCGAGCCUGUCUGAUGUGGAGAAGCAGAUUGCUGCUCACAACAUCCUGCACAAAGAAAUUGAAGCUUACCAAUCUCAGAUAGACUCAACAGAAUCACCUUCUGUGAGAAAACAGUACGCAAACCUUCAGGAGGAGUCUUUGAGCCGUAAGCGCUAUCUCUCCUCUCUGUAUGACUACCUCCAGCGCUGCAACAAGCAGCUGCACUACCUGUCUGAUCAGCAGGAGCGCAUCCGCAAGAGGGACUGGAGUGACCGCAUCUUAGAUGCCACUGGGAUUCGCGCGGAGUACGAGAGGUUCAAGAAAAAUGGCCUGCUGAACCAUGAAACUGAGAUACGCAGACUGCAGGAUGAGGCAGAUGGUCUGACUGCCACAAAGCAUCCAGGCUCCUCUGCAAUUAUGGACCAUAAUGCUGUGGUGCAAAAGGAAUGGCAGCACUUUCUCAGCCUCUGCAUCUGCCAGGAGGCCCACCUGGACAAUGUGGAAGACUACAAAAAGUACCAGCUGGAUGCUGAGACGAUCUCAGAGUCUCUGAAGAGAAUCAACUGCACCAUGGAGCCUUCCCUGCUGGCCAAGAUGAGCAACCCGCAGAUCCUGAUGCAGCUGGAGGGAGAAGAAAGAGCAGUACAGAGAAAUGAGCGCAGACUGGCAGAUCUGAGAGAAUUCUGCAGCGGCAUUGCCCCGCUGCCACUGCGCCGGACACCGUCCAUCAGAUGCCCUGUUGUGGCUCUGUGUGAUUGGAGCACUGACAAGGCAUCAGUAAAACGAGGAGAUACGUUGAAUCUGGUGUCCAGUCCUAUAGAGGAGAACUGGAAGGUACAAAACAGCUACGGAGACACCAAAGUUAUCCCUGGAGUCUGUUUCCUCAUUCCUCCACCUGACUCAGAUGCCAUCGAACGAGUGGAAAGUCUGGAACAAGACCUAGCUAGUCUGAAGAGGAGGAGAACGUCUCUCAAGGCUUCCAUUAAGGCCCCCACUGAAGAGGUGGUGUCUGUCACUAGGACAGUGAUUGUGAACAGUGCUCCUGAGGACUCAUCCAAGGCUGACAACCUUGCUAGCCGUCUGGACAGGCUCAUCGCUGACUUGCUGAAGUUGGAGAAGCAAGUCCUUGGCAGACUACGAGCUCCUCUUGAUGCGGCUAACCAUACCAGAGACCUUGACAGUAGAAUCCGAGAUCAUGAGAGGGCUGUCACAACCCUUCGCAGCCUGGAGGCAGAGAAAGCAUCCAUUCAAAGAGAAGUGGAGCCUCUUCUGUCCCGGAAACCCCUGGGGCCAAUUACUUCUUCCUUCCCUGAGAAACUGAGCACUGCUUCCAACAAGAUUGAGGACCUCACUGCUCUCACUGAUCUCUAUGGCAAAAAGGCAAAUGCUGUUACGGUUUUGGAGAAUCAAAUUAAGAAGGUAGACAGGACUCUGGCAGAGUUUGAGGACAAAUUGGCCAGAGACACAGUGAUCCUCGAUAAGCCCAGUGCCAUCCAGAAUCAUACUAAAGACCUCCAGAACAUUCAGAAAGACGUUGCAGCCAAAAAGGAUGACAUCCAAAAAUUGAACCGGGACCUGGAGCUUACAGAGCAGCUAUGUGGCCAUCUACAAAAGAGUUUCCAGGAGUACUGUCCUGACAUUAACCGUCAGGAGACUGAGGUUAGACGCCUCAGAAACCGUUACGCUAACAUUAACAACCAGCUACAGCAGAGGUUAGCCCUGAUGCAAGAAGCAGCCAAUAAGUACCAGAGUUUCCAGAGUACUGCUCAGUCUCUCAACAAUUUUCUGAAAAACAUACCCAGCAACAAGAUAUAUACUACGGACAGUGAGACUGAAAUUGCUACCAAGCUAAACUCGCAGAAGCGGACAGUUGAAGAGCUCAAGAGGAAGUCAGAUGAUGUGGACCGAAUUGUGAACCUUUCUCGUGAACUGCAGGACAUCCUUAAGGAAUAUGAAGUUAUCUCUUAUAAGUACCGCAGCAUUAUGGGUAAUGCUGAGACCGAUAUACAAAAACAUUACUCCUUUACUCUUGCCAGCGCUGUACAGACCAAGGAAAGAGAUGUUGUCAAACGGUACAAUGAAGUGCUGGCAGAAAAUGUUCAGCUUCUUGACCAAAUGAGAUAUGCCAAGAACGUCAAUAACAAGAAUGAAGAGAUUGUAAGCCGAGUAGUAGUACACCAGCAUUUACAGCUACAGAGCCAGCAGAGGGAGUUUGAGGCGGUGGAAACCAUGAAGAAGGAGCUGGCUGAAGAAAUCUCUCGACGUAUUCAUGCUGAGACUGAACUAGACACUUUCAGGAAGAGGAUGUUGUCACUUAAAAGCCGAAGAGGCGUGGAAAGAGUGGAAGAGAAAGAGAUUUUGCAGUACUACCGUGAUCCCAAACUGGAGGCUGAUCUUGAAAUACUAAAGCAAAAGAUAAAUGAAGAAGUCUACAAACGCUCUGGAACCCAUACAGAGAUUGAAAGCAUCAAUCAGAAGAUUGUUCGUGUGGAACAUGAGGUGACUAACAUCCAGCCGAAGCUUGUGACCAAGGUUUUUACUGAGUAUGAAAGAGAUCCCCAACUAGAUAAGGAAGCUGCUAGGAUCCGUGAAGAGAUCCGGAGGAUAAGGGAAGAAAUCAAAGUGCGUGAGACUGAAGUAGUGAAAAUGACUACUGAGAUCACUUUCUUGGAGCGAAAGAAACCAACGAUUAAGGAAAGAGUGGUGAAGAAGGAGGUUGUGAAACUAGAGAAAGAUCCUGAAAUGCUAAAAGCUAUCAUUCUGUUCAAGGAUGAAAUCUCAAGUGAGGGUUUUAGAUGUAAGACCCUGAAUGAUGAAAUCUUUGAAAUACGAAGCCAGAUCAAUACACUGGAGAGAAAUCCCACUGUGCAACCCAAGAUUGUCAUAAAGGAGCUAAAGAGGGUGGAGCAAGACCCAGAGCUCCUAAAAGAGUGUAAGAUUCUUCGAACAAGCCUGGAGGAAGUGAUGCAAGAAAGCAGCAUCUUGAUAAAGGAGGUUAAUAGUCUUCAGCUCCAUUAUAUUCAAGUAGAGACACUGAAGCCCAAGAUUGAAGUCAAGGAGAUUAUAAAUGAAAUCUACAGGGUUGACCCUGACACUGAGAUAGAACUGAGGCGCCUGAGGAAAGAACUUCAAGAAUUGGGAAGAAGACGUGUUGAAAUUGAGAAUGAGGUAAACAUACUCAUGGUAGACGUUAAGACCCUGCGUUCACAGAAACCCAAAGUGGAAGUGAAGGAAACGACUCAUGAAAUUGUUAAAGAAGAAAGGAGUCCAGAAAUGAUUCGGGAAAUAGCAAGGUUGACUGAACAGCUGACCCGCAUUCGUGCCACUUAUUCCUCUAUAGUGGAGCAAAUGAGAAUUCUACGCAUAGAGAGAGAUGAGUGGAAGGUUGAGCGAUCAAGGAUAGAAACAAAGAUUGUCACUAAGGAAAUGGUAAGAUAUGAAAAUGAUCCUUUGCUGGAGAAAGAGGCUGAAAGACUGAGGAAAGAAGUACAUGAAGAGGUUCAGCGCCGUCGCAUUGUAGAAGAAAAUGUUUUUGAUCUACACCAAAAGUAUAUCAUACUGGAGAGACAGAAACCUGAGGAGAAGAUUGUGUACCAGGAAGUUGUACAUCUCCAGAAGGACCCGAAACAGAUUCUUGAGCAUGAGAAGCUAACUAAGAAACUCAGUGAGGAAUCCAAGUCACGUUGGGUGGUGGAGGUAGACGUACAGAAGCUGAGGGCCCUUGUUUCGGAGAAGGAAAGAGUCUGGCACAGGAUGGAUGAUGGCCAGAAAAAGAUUACUGUUGAGACAGAGCUUAGGCGAAUCAGGACUCGGAUCCAUGAGCUUGAGACUUGCCCUCCUCCCAUUGAAGAGAAGAUAAUAAUUGAGGAGGUUGUGAAAGUAGAGAGAGAUCCCAAUUUGGACAAGCUAAUGAAUGGCCUUCGGAUUGAGUUAGAGAAUGAGAGCAACCAGAUUACCAUCCUUCAACGGGACACCCGAAACCUCAAGGUCCAGGUAGACAUCCUGGUAAAGGAGAAAUCUGUAGAGAGAACGAUCUAUAAGGAGGUGAUCCGGGUUGAGAAGGAUCAAUCUGUGGAGGCUGAAAGAGAACGGCUAAGAGACCAAGUAGCACAAAUCAAGAGUGCCAGGCGAAACCAAGAGGAUGAAGUCCAACACAUCCAAACGAAACUGAGCCGUAUUCAGACAACAGUGCUGACUGUCUCCAAAGAAGAGACCACCCUUACCUUUACUAGGGAUGCAUUGCUUAAAGAGAGGGAUGACCUUCUCCGAGAGUUGAAGAGGCUGGAAACUGAAAGGCAUGAAAUCACUGUAACAUUCCAGCAUGAGUCCAAACUACAGAGUGAAAGGUCCCAAAUGUACAAACAGAGAAUCAUCAAGCUGGAGUCUGAGAUACAGAGUCUGGAGAAGGACAUCCUGGCAGAGAAAGAAAGAAUACACCAAAGGGAGGCCACCAUUAUUGAGUUGCAGAAUGUCUUGAAAAAGGAGGAUCAUUCAGAUAAACACACCAGAGAAACCACCAAAUCUACCAAAAUCACUAUUCUGGAUCCAGAGACUGGGAAAGAUAUGUCUCCUUACGAUGCCUAUGUGGAAGGUCUUAUUGAUCGGGCCCAAUAUUUACACUUACAGACGCUUGAAUGCAGCUGGGAAGAAAUCACAAAUACUGGGCCUGAUGGUGAGACUACUGUCCUACAAGAUCGCAAGAGUGGGAAGAAGUACUCCAUCCGAGAGGCAUUGAAGAAUGGACGAUUGACCCAGUAUGAUGUGCAGCAGUACAAGGAGGGCAAAAUUACCAUCUCAGAGUUUGCACUGAUGGUUGCAGGAGAAACGAAGAUGACUUCUUACACCAGUUCAAACAUAAUUCCAUCCUCACCAGUAAAAUCCUCAUCAACAUCUAUGCUGAAUAGCUACAGCUCUUCUACACUGACUCAGCGGCCUUUCCACUCAAGCAAUGGAUACUUAAACACAACCUCUGUGAUCACCACUGGAGACGAGUUAUUCCCAAUCUCUGGUGUUCUGGACAUGACAACAAACAGCCGCAUGUCUGUGCGAAGUGCUAUGACUCGUAAACUGCUUGAUCUAGAGACGGCUCUGAAGCUUCUAGAAGCUCAAGCAGCCACGGGAGGAAUUGUGGACAUCAACAAGAAAGAACGUUACUCAAUUCACAAGGCAGCAGAACGUGGCUUAAUUGACCCAGGUCAAAUGCAAAAGCUCCUUAAUGCUCAAAAGGCCUUCACAGGUGUUGAGGAUCCUGUAACCAAAGGGCGUCUAUCAGUAGGGGAGGCAGCUCAAAAAGGCUGGAUAACAGCUGAGAAUGCUAGACGGUACAUGGAAGCACAACUUGUCACAGGUGGCCUUGUAGACCCAAACAAAGCUGGGAGAAUUAGCUUACAGAAUGCCAUCAGCCUGAAGUUGCUUGAGAAAUCUGUAGCAAGUGAGCUUGAAGAUGAUUUAAGACACCUAAAGGAUUUGGUUGACCCCAUCACAAAGAAGAAAGUCACCUACAAAGAAGCCAUGGCACUGUGCAAGAAAGAUUCCACUACUGGACUCCUCUUGCUCCCAGUGGCAUCUACUGAUUCAGUUGAUUCUCCCUCAUACUCCAGGUCCCAGUACUCUUCCAGCUUAAUUCACUAGGGGAAAGCAAUGUUUCUCUUCAGAAAAAGAAUAAUUUAGAGGAAAAUGAAAAAGUGUUUUUGGGUUACUUCUUUUAUUUCUCUCUGUUUAGUGAGGGUACUGGUGUUGAGAUGAUGCAUAUUUGGAAAAAUGUAUACCUUUUUAUGUAUAUCACAUAAUGUAUUUCAUUAUGUAUUUCUCCAUUUUGUGUUGUUGUUUCCCAUUCUUUCAAAUUCUAUGCCAUUGUAUUAUAUCUAAAUUCAUAAAAGUUUACAAUAAAAGCUGGUGCAUCUAUUCUCCAUA